AAACGAUGCCGUUUGGGUUGUAGGGUUUAGUGCAUCCGUGCUCUGUUCACUUGUUCCAUUUCGCUGUGUAAGAAAAGAAAAACGAAACUUUCGGUUGUGCGAAAUCUUAAGAUCAAAGAUGGCAUCGUUUUGCAGAUCAGCGUUAAUGGCAGGUUCCAGAAACUUAGUAUCAAGAUCCAGAACCGUAACUCAAAAGUCCCUCAAUCUUAAACCCACAACUACUUCAUCUCCUUUCGCUUCAAUGUCUCAAUCCAUCCCUCGCGCUUCGAGGGUUCUCUCUGCUUUGGGAAGUGUUGAAACGAUGAUUCCACUUCACAGUGCCGUUGCUUCAGCUCGUCUCCGGUCAAGCAUCGCUGCUGAUUCCUCUUGUUGGAGCUUGCUUUCUCAGGGACUUGCAACGCCUUUGUGACCCCGGUCUGCUGGAUCGAUAUAAGGCGGAAAUAAUCAAUAUAUUACAAUGAAUGAACAAGAAUAGUGUUUUUUUUUCUAGUUCGAACUCUAUCGUCAAUGUAUUGUUGUGUGGUUCACAAGGACUUGUUGUUUCAAACUUCUUGCAAUCUAUCUAUUCGAUAUUUGGAUCCACACAUUUUGGGGCCUUUUUCCUUCACUAAAGUCAGCAUUUGCUUUCUUUUGUUCAUGCACAUUGUAACGAGGAACCUCUGCAUUUUUCAAUUUCUGAAUCUUGUUCACUGAUCCUCUUCCCAUUUCUCUCAUCUCUUUAGAACUGGGAGUUCCUCGGUGACACCAUCAUUAGCUUUGGUCUUGGUCUUGAAGCGUCCAUGGGUUGAUACUUGAUAUUGUACUGUUUAAGACUACUUGUGACGUUGCCAGCUUCUUAGACCGGUUUUCUCCGGUUUAGGAUCAGGUUGUUUCCCAAUUUUAUGUUAUCGUUUAGACUUUAGAUCUUUUUUGAGCAUGGAAGGGAGUUUAGCAUCAUUUUUUAAGUAUUCUAGCGAAUUACAUAAGAAUUAGUCAUUCUAACGAACUUAAAACCCGACCAACUAAUAAUUGUGAAUCCAAAUUUUCUUGCAGUGUACUCAUAAACUCAUUCUUGG